AUGUCGCUCGCCGGCUGGGUCUCGCGGUCGACGCCGCGAGCUCUGACCAGCGGCAACUCUCUCCGUCCGCCGUCCGGUCGCUGGUCCUCGGUCGCCACCCAGCCGGCCGUCUUGUCAGAAAAGCGUGGACUAACAACAGGAGCCGAAGCUGAGAAUAGACGCGAAACGCUGCGUCGGCGGCGAUGCGAACAACAUGAAGUCCCAGACGCAUCUUGCCUCUCGUCUCCUCGACAGAAUCCAGCUCUCGAAGCUGGUGUGUCUCAACCAACCAAACCGUCACUUGCUCCACACACUCGGCGGGCCGCCGCAGGUGCACAGACGACCUCGAGUGUAUGUACGUCUCAAAACGCCAGUGAGAGAGGAGACGAGCCUCGGUUCUCCCUUGCAUGUCCCAGGAGCUGUCCGUUCUCCCGAUACGAAGACCUGCGGUCCUCGUUCGGACCUGUCGGGUGUAUCAGGAGUUUCGCUUCUGCUUCCCUCGUUUCUCACAAGUCGUCUCAGGAUUUUUGUCUCCACGCUUCACGGCCGUGGAGGCGGUGUGCGUCCAGACGCGACCUCUGCACUCUGUUUGCCUCGGUGAAGGCGCCUUCUUCUGCUCCGAGCUCCUCGUGCGCUUCUUGCCGCUCUUCUUCAGUGCCAUUGCCGGCGUUUCCACCUGCUGCUUUUUCGUUUUCUCACGAGCCAUCUGUUGACUGUGGCGAUGGGGUGCGGCGGCAUCCAGUGUCCGCUUCUUCUGUCACUCGCGCCAUGCCUGCCUCUGGACUUUGCGCUUCGCUUCGUUUUCUGCACUCUUCGGCGACUCUGUCUUCCUGCCGACACGGUCCCUCAGAGGAGACCCAAGCAGCUGUUUGUCGCAAAGAAAAUCCACGGGGGAAGGAGGCCAGACCGGCGUCAGUCGAGAGAAAUUCAGGUUCCGGUUCGAGCUGUGGAAGCUCACAUGGCACAGCAGACAGUGCGUCGCAACAGAGACAGCGGCAGACCCGAUCUGAAGACAGCGCCCAAGGCGAGGGACCUUUCAGAAGGCCGGAAGAAGAGAACGGAGGACGGAACGCGAGCUCGUUCCGAGAGCGUCUGAAGCGUCCUAUCAAGGACCGAGAGCAACUCAAGAAAGACAUCGUUUUCAAUUCUGUUGCUGCACUGACAAUCUACGCAAUAAGCGACACAACUGCACAAAAGCUGCAGCAGGGGCUUCGUGACCUUGCGGAGGCAGCGGAGGGGGAACGGCGAGAUGAGCAGAGUCGCGCCGGCCUUGGCAGUGUCUGUACACCCGAGGGCGACGCGGAUGAAAACUGCGCCGCGUUCGCUGAGUCUGUUGGUGCCCGAAAGACAGAAGGGGAUCGUCGGCCGGAAGACACGGAGAUGGAGGCGAGAGGGAGAGAGAGAGGGAGGGAGGACAGGCCACAGAUGCAGGAGGCGGAGGAAGCUGAGAAAGAACCGAGAAACCUGGGCGGCGACGAAAGGAAGGAGAUCGCGAGGCAAGAGAAGAGAGCGGAACGAAACGCGGGGACGCACCCGCAAAAAAACGAAAGAAAGAACUCGGGGAAUUCCAUCUCUUUCUUCGAAGAGUGGGAUUGGAGACGCACCGUCUCCAUAUCUCUUGAAGGUUUUCUUUUGAAUGGCUUGCUUCUGACUGCCUUCUACCACAAGUUGGAAGUCGUUGUCCACGACGACGUCCUGUCUCCACCUGGUGUCUCCCAGCCUCCCCCGGCUCGCACUCGCCAGCAAGCCACAGCCUUCUCUUCCCCUCCUCGUCACGCUGCUCCUGCGCCGUCUAGUUUCUCCAAAGCCAGGUCCUCUUCUCAGUCUUGUAAAGCGCAUGCGGGUGCUCAUUCGUCCCUCACUGCUCGACAGCGGAACUUUCGUCUGUGGCGCCAGAGUGUGUACAAAGUCCUGAUGGGACAGACAGCCUUCAUGCCCAUCGCCGCGGUCGUCUUUUUGUUCCUAGCCCCCGUCUUCAGAGCCGGACUCUUUUAUCUUUUUCCUCCCGCGGGAGUCUCUCGACCCGCGGCUGCGACUGCGUCUUUGCCUUCGUUCGCUCCAACCGGCGCGGAGCUGUCUCCGCCGCGCCCCAGCGUCGGCGCCGAGUCUCCUCUCGUGGGGCUCCAAAGUGGGCCCGCUCCGACCGCGGUCGCGCCUGGCCAGCCUCGCAGAGUCAACGAAUCUUCGACGCAGUCUAGUGCGCAAGAGUGUGAGAAUGAACGAGGAACUACAGAAACAGAGGCGGCAAAGGAGGCGCCAGAUCUUGUGAAAGAGGACUGGUUCCGCCUCGCUUGUCGCGAAGGAAUUCUCUGUGUCCAAAGAAGCUUUUGGGAGGUGUACGUCGCGAGCUGGUAUGUUUGGCCAGUCACUGACGUCAUCAAUUUCAGAUACAUCCCCCUCCGCUAUCGCCCUCUGUGGGAUACGACGAUCGACUUGUUCUGGACUGUCUAUCUCUCGGUGGCGGCGUAUCCAACGGGCCUUGCGAUAGCGGCACGAUUUGCGGCGGAGCGGAAUGCCGAGUGCGACGAGGAGGAGGAGGUGGGCGCCCUCGUGACUCUUUUUCAAGCGAUAAAACUCCUUUUGCUGGAUCGUCAGUAGCGAGGACUGCAUGCGGAGCCACCGCGUGUGCCCGCGUCUUUGAAGACGUUAAAACGCAAAAAAGAAAGAAAGAAUGUGAAGGCAAGACGCGCCCGGAGCGACGCUGCCGAGCGCUGUAGAUCUGGGCUGUGGAGCGUCGCGAAUUCUUUCCUUCGGCGCAGAGGGCGGUUGAGAAAAACCAGAUUUCGUUUUUCUGCAGGAAAUCCACGAAAAACAGACUAAACGAAGGAGACAAAGCGCAGCAAAGGGCGUCGGCACAACAACAACGUAGAGAGGCUGGCGGAAUGUCAACAAAAAACUCAGGAAAGUCGAGAGUCGAUCCCCCGAUCAGGCGGAAUAACCUUAUGAGGAAGCAAAGAGCGAUCGAGCCAGAGACAUAAACAGACAAGCGAACUAUCGAUGCAUGCGUUUUCGAAUUCAAACUGUAUUUCAACCUGUCUCUUUGGGUUGUCACUGACGAGACAGACUCUGCAAGCCUUCUUCUUCUCCUCUGUAACUCUUCUCAAUGCGUAG